AUGGCCGCGAGUGUUCAGGGUAGAAAAGCACGUGCACCUGGCGGAAGCCAAGAUGAGCCGGAGUUGGAAGAGAAGACGGGCAAGACCAUGGACAAUCCGCUGCACGACGUGAGCAGGAUGAACGAAGCCGUGGCACACGCGAACAUGACGGCCAUGACGUACGGCGUGGACAUACUGUCCAUCAACAUUCUGUCGGCGGUCCCGAUUGACGUCGAGCUCACGAAGGCGCUGGCCUGCGGCGCGGUGGCGAGCGCCCAGGCUUUACAUGCGGAAACGGCCGCCAGGAGCAACGCCAAGGCGACGAAGCUCGACGCGACGGCGACCGCGGACAAGGCGAAGAUCGAGGCGGAGGGCCAGGCCCUGGCCGAGGUCAUCCGUGCCAAGGCCACGGCAGAGUCCGCGCGCUUGGUGGCCGAGGGCAGCAAGGACGCAGCGAACAUACUGUCCACGGCUUCGGUGGCCGUCAACUUGGCCAGGGUGGAUAAGAGCUCGCAGCUCAUCGGCAAGAACGACAAGUUCUUCUUCGGUCAGGAGCCCAGCUACCUGUCGAGCCUCGUCCUAAAGGGCGACCGCGCAAGCAGGGGUGCAAAGAGAGGCGUGUUUAGCUGUGUUGCGGGCCAGCGUCAUGUCUCCUCGCAUGGAUGUAUCUCGUUAGACCCCUUUCGCCCUUCACACGCUGAGGACGUGGUUCAGACCCAGCAGCAGUCGACACGUACUUUGACUGGUGGAUUUCUGUGUUGCCCUCCUAUCGUGCAACCUGUUGCCCCCUCCAUGGGUCUGCGCAGCUUUAAGGUGCACUGCUAG